AUGGCUCAAUGCCAUGAUAUGUGUGCUUCAAGUGAUAUGUACCGUGUGUUACAAGUAGAUGAUGAGGGUGGACAAGAUUCAAGCGGUAAACGUAUCAGUGAUUUAUCAUGUCCAUUGACUCAGGGCAAAUUCUCUAUUUUUUACAUGUCAACAUACCAAACUGAUUUUGUGUUGAUCAAAGACCGAAGAUUAAGGCAGGCAGUUCAAUUAUUGCAGCAACACCAAUUUGAGUUUGAUCAAGAUUCAGUAGAUCAAUAUCUGGGUGGUUCUCCACCUAUUCAACAGGAUAACAGACUCUCAAUGGCAAGUGACACAUCUGUUUUCCUUGAAGAGGACUUUGAAAAAUCCGUGUUAUCGGAUGAGCUUCAAUGUGUUGGUUUAAACCCUCAUUAUCAUUCUGAUUGGUCGAUAACUAUCCUCAAGAUACUAUCUUAUCCAGAACUGAUAGCAACUGAGAACAAUUCAAAUGAUACUCGGUUCUUUUCUUACACAGCUACAAGUGAUGGUAUCUCUUUAAUUGCGAACCAAACCAUCUUGAGCUUGUUUGAUCAGGAUGCUAUUUUUCAGGAUGAAGAAACACAAACUUUUCGUGUCAUACAAGUCAAUUUAGCUGGAUCUAAUCUGGACAGAUGCGGUAUUGUUUGGUCCAUCUCCCACCCUCUCGCCACGGAGGCUUCUAUAAAUCUGCUGUAUCUAAGUACUUUUAAGAGUGCAAAUGUAUUGGUCGCUUCUGAUGAUUUAAGCAAAGCUGAAGAAAUUCUUGCAGAGGAUCUUGAGAAAGCCAAGGGGUUUCUUGCUGAAGUAGUCUUGGAACCUACCGUCUAA